AUAGAAGAAGGAGGAGUAGAAGAAGAAGAAGGGGAAGGGUUGGGGGCAGUGUUGUGCGAACAGCUAACCGAGUUUUUGUUUUAUUAUUUAAAUUAAACUUUUUACAACUCCGAAACCAUGGUUGUUGUUGGCUCACAUCCCUCUGACAUCAGUACCAUCGUACGUGUGAGAGGACUGCUGGAUUUCAGAUUCCAGCUGGACAGCUCUGAUGAAUUGCACAUCCACAAGGUACUCUCAAAAACAUUUGAGAACCUUCGCUCCCAGGUGAAGUCAGACUCCUGCGUUUUUGCAGUCUGCGACAGUCCGGUAUUUAUUUGGCCAAACAAAGGAGUUUGUGCAGCGCCUGAGGAAGUGACUCCAGAUACACCAUGUGAAGAUCUACAUCAGUGGAUAAAGACAGAUGAACAAGACCAUUCUGGCAAGAGAUCUGCAAAGAAGAAAAGUAGAAGGGCUUCAGCAGUAAAUGUCAUAAACCUUUGCCUGGUUAUGGAGGUGACGGGGACAGGCCCCCUUUCCACCCCAAUCCUAAGGACAGCAAUUCAGAAGUCUCACUUUGUGUCUACGAGUCUUCCCAUGGAUUGUGUUGUCUGUACCAGCUCCAGCAACUCCAUCAAAGAUGUCUGCAAGCAUUUAUUGGAGGAGAUGAUUCAACAGCUGCAUGAGAGUGAGAAAGUGGUCCUGCAGCACAUGAAGGGAACAAUGUUGCUGGUUCCUGAACCACUGCACUUCCUUCUUCCUGAGCCAAAAGGACUGGUGACUGUGGUUUACCCAGCAGGAGUUCCAGACAGCCAAUUAGAAAUGCAGCGUAAGGAAUUGCACCAACAGCUUGAGCUUCCAGAAGAUCGACCUUAUUUUAGAAGGGCCAAUACUUAUCACUUUCCCAAUGAAGCCUACAAAGAUGGCUAUCUUCGAAACCCCCACCUGGUCCUCACACAUCCUGUCCUGGACAAUGGCAAGGUGUACUUGGUGCAGGGGACCUACAGUUAUCACCACUACAUGCAGGAUCGAAUGGAUGACAACGGUUGGGGCUGUGCGUAUCGCUCCCUGCAGACCAUCUGCUCCUGGUUCCAGCAGCAAGGCUACGUAGAGCAGUCUGUGCCCACGCACAAGGAGAUCCAACAGGCUUUAGUGAACAUUGGAGACAAACAGACGUCCUUUGUAGGAUCACAACAGUGGAUUGGAUCAAUUGAAGUUCAGGCUGUUUUGAACCAACUUCUUGGUGUUACUUCUAAAAUUAUGUUUGUGAGUCAGGGAUCUGAGUUGGUGGCCAAAGGCAGAAAACUGGCAAACCACUUCCUCACUGAAGGGACUCCUGUCAUGAUUGGAGGAGGCGUUUUGGCUCACACUAUCCUGGGCGUGGCAUGGAGCGAAACCACCGGGCAGAUCCGCUAUCUCAUUUUAGACCCUCAUUAUACAGGAGCGGAAGAUUUACAGGUUAUCACAGACAAGGGCUGGUGCGGCUGGAAAGGAGCAGAUUUUUGGGAUCAAAAUUCAUAUUAUAAUUUGUGUCUACCCCAGAGGCCAAAGGUUAUCUGAGUUAUUGGAGUCUUCCAGGUGCUCAUCAUUUGGACUCGUAAACCUGACUGUAUUCAGUUUGGUUAAUUUUGGUGUAUUAGUUGUAUCAUCUUAAAAUCAUGGAAUUUACUUGAAGGGUUUUUAUGAAAUCCUGAUGAAUAAAAAAG